AUGACGAAAGACGAAAACGGACGCGGGAGCCCAGGCGGGUCAUUGCCACGGGCCUUGAUGACGUUGCCCAAGUCUCCAGGCUGCUCUUCCUGCCGCUCGCCAGACCAGCGUCAUGGGCGCAGACUGUGGGCGCACGCCGCAGGCGCACCUCGAACCGAACUGGAUGGCGGCCAUUGGUUUUCAAGGUUCGAGAAUCAACGGGAAAUGGACCGACUGGUGGCUCUGGAAGACAACAGAAGCCACUAUGGCCGCCAUGAGAACGUCGCCUGGCGCCCACCAGGACCUACCAAGUACGCUUUCUCUGUGCAAGACACAGUCGCUCGUGGCCUGGGCAGGGAUGGUGACGACACAAUGUCCACCCGUAAGAGAAAGCAGGAGGAGGAGGAGGAGCUUGUUUCCCUCCCUGAAGAUGAUGAUGGCGAGGAGGAGGAAGAAGUACCGACGACGAAGCCGGAGGCGGUGAAGGGUCCGAGGAGGAGGAAGAGGAGGAGGAGGAGGAUGACGAAGAUCCCGAGGGCGAAGAGGACGAGCCCGAAACAAAGAACGGCGCUGAUGACCGACGCUGUUGAGAAGGAUGAGGAUGCUGAGGAGGAGGAGGAGGAGGGUGACGCCGAAGACGAGGAGGCCGAUGCCGACGAUGCAUUGAACGGCAUCAAGGAGGCCGCUGCCGAUGUGCCCGACAAGACGGUCAAAGCGACCGAUGCUGCUCCCGAGGCUAACGGCGACGCCAAGGCCGUCGCGGCAGAUGGCGACGACAAGGAGUGA